AUGCGUUGUCUACUGCUGCUCUUCGCUCUUCUAGCCACCGUAUUUGCUUUACGGCUAAAAAUCCAAGAUCGCCUUGCGUUUCCAUAUCUCAACGGCAUGAUUAGACCUAGUAUUAGCGAUGAUGACUAUGAUCGAUAUCUAUCAGAGCUUGGCUCACAACUCUUCAAACGUUCUUCGGACUACAACCAAUUUAUGAGGUCAAAAGAUUGA